AUGGUGAGCUUAAUUUAUAUUAGCUUUAAAAUAAGAUUCUUGCUUAAAUUUAUUGCUUUAAUUAUUUUAUUUAUUAAAAGCCUAAUCAAAGAGCCACAGGCUUUAAGGGUUUAUAAAUCUUAAAAUAAUCAAAUCAAGUUUACUUUAUAAAUUAUCUAAAAAAUAAGUUUAAUGAUAUCAGAAGCCCCAAUUCUAAACAGCAAAAUUAUAGUGGUAAAGGAUAAGUAUCCUAGGAUAUAUAAAUUAAAUGAAGUGUCUCUAUCUCCUAAAUAGAGCACUAAAUAGAUCAUAAAAUCGAGUUCAUAAGAUUUGUUGCAAUCAUAAUUUGUUGCUUAUACAAAAAGAAAGAGUGAUUUUUAAAAAAAUAAGUAAAAAAACUAUCUUAAUCCACAUUUAAAUCAAUCAUAAAAUCAAAGCUAUAUUUAUACUCCUAAAAUAUCAUCUCAAUAGAUUCCUCUUCCACUUUUGAAUAUUUAAAAUAAGUUAAAGCGCUAUGAAGAAGACUCAAUAUCAAGUUCAUAAAUCGCAUCAAAUGUCUUAUAACAUUUUAAAUUAUAAAAAAAAAGAAAUAGCAAUAAUAUAAGCAUAGAAGAUUAAAUUUUUCUACCUAGGAUUUAUAAUUUAAAAGAUAUUAAGAAGAAUGGGCAAGAACUAUUGAGUCUAUAAUAAAUUGAUAAUAGCCUUUUGAAUAAGAAAACUAUUUUUGGUUUUUAAGAUUAAAGCUUCCAAGAUAGCUAUUGUCAUAACAUAACCACUCUCUAAGAUGAAUAGGAUGUAGAAAAAAGCAUGUCUGAUAAAAUUACAUCUACAAAAAAAGACAGUAGUAGAAGUUUAAUCAAUUAUAAUAAUAAUAGCAAUUUUUAUUUUAGUAGUAAUAGUAAUUCUUUUAAAAAUCAGAAUAAUAGUAUUAUGAGCUAGCUAAAGAAAGAUUCUCUUGUUUUAGCGAAUUAUAAGUAAUAAAAAUCUAUGAGGGCUAAGAAUAUAGCUGAAAUAGACUAAUAGUUAACAUAAUUGAAAAAAUAUAAAAUACAUUCUUGA